AUGAGCAUUUCCCCUCAGUGUGGCUAUAGUGAGUGGGAGGAAUUGUGCUCUCAACACAGUGACAGUGAGGAAUCAGAGUUGUCCGCUCUAGACAGCUGGAUCACUGCCUUCCAGGAGCAAGAAGAACAGAGCCAGCUGGCAGAAAACCCAUCCUACACAGAGUAAGAGAUCACACCGAUUUUUACAGCUCCAUAAUCUCACAAACAACCAGGGACGUCUUUGCUGGAAGUGAUUGUACUGUGUUUGCAUGAAGAGGUGGGGUUAAAUGAUAUGUAGUCAAUGAUUGCCUCUUUAAAGCACAUGCGGGUGUGUCUCUCGGCAUAGAUUAUCAUGGUCGCAGAACAUAGUGCAGGGUGGCAGAAAGCAGCCAUGUACCUGGAAGCCCAUAUAUGUUCUCCCUCAGUGAUUGGCAGCUGUGUGGAUGUGAGGGAGAUCUGGAGAGGUGGACUACAAAUUAGAGAGAAAAAGUUUGUCUCAGAGCUGAAGUUCGAUGAUUUCUGUCUGAGUGCCCAGAGAAGAGAUCAUUGGUGUGAUGUACUGUAUCACACAGACCCACAAUGCCCCACUGAUCAUAAAGUACGCAUUGAGAGGAUUCACAGAGAGACAGUGAAAUGGCAGGUGUUGUCCACCGCCACCACCACUUUGCCAGGAGAGGGUACCGUCAAAGGGUGUAUGUUGAACGUACCAAGCCACUGGAGCAAUACACCACUGAGGAGCAGUAUGUCCGGUUUCAGCUUUGGGAAGGCUGAUAUAGAGUACCUUGUGAACCUUCUCAGGCCAAAACUUCAACACAGAACCCAAAGGAGUCACGGUCUGUCUGUGGAAGACCAGAUCCUCAUUGCUGUCCGAUUUUAUGCAUGUGGGACUUUCUAUCAAGUUGUUGGUGACUAUAUGGGAGUGGUGAAAUCAGCUGUGUGUGAUGUGGUGAGAGAUGUGUCGAUCGCACUGGCCAGCCUGGUCAAUGAAUUUGUUUCUUUUCCAAAGGACAACCAGAUUGCCCAGGCCAAGCGCAGCUUUUUUCUUUUGGGGAAUAUGCCCAAUACUAUUGGAGCAAUCGACUGCACACAUGUGCAUAUACAAGCACCUCUUGAUUCAGUGUUGGAACUGAUCCAGUUGAUCAGAGUGGCAGAUCUACCCAUUCUUUUCCACACCUUGACAUUCUUCUACAGUGGAUUGGCUUUUAAAUCUGUCAAAGCCAAACUGCUCCUAGAACAGCUCUGCACACUGCAUGGAAAGGUAGGCCAACAUGAUCAUCACCAAUUAUUUCCUCUGUGACCGAUGGUUGUUAAAUUCAUGUUUCCCAGAGCUGGUACACUGGGAGACAGUGAUAGCAAGUGUAUGUUGUUGCAGGGGGAAGCUUUGUUUUUGCAAAUGAGAGACUUCAUGUCCAAACGCCCCAAGGUCUUACCUGUGCCUGAUGUGGAGGUAGAGAAAGGCCACUACCUCUUCUUGGUGCAGGGAGGCUGCAUAGCAUGAAUGAUACACACAGCCAAACAGAUCAGUGGCUCUGCUGCCCUGGCAAUGCUCAAUGUCCUCAUCAGGAACAACGUUCCAUUCUCCUCAGGGAGCAGCACUGCUUACUUGCUGCAGUCCCUGUCAUAUCUCCGUGGAGAGCAGUUCUUGCAGAGGGAGAGAAAGCUGGCCAAGGUGCAGACCCUGGUCCUCAAGGAAUGCUCCCGGCUAUGGGAGGAGGCCCAGAGGCCUGCCGGCAUUCCUGUGAAUGAACUGAAUGCUCUGUUGAGUCUGGCCAGAGAGCAGUACCUUAAGAUGCAUGACUCCACACUGUCUCGAGCCUCUGAGUGCAUGUCCCUGGAGAAGGAGAAUCAAACCUCAACUUCAAACACCAGUGAUGAGCUGUAA